GUUGACCUUUGAAGACCGGAAGCGGUGUGGCAGUCCAGGGAAGACGCUUGUCGGAAACUGUCAAACCUCAAUCAUGAGUCGUCCGGACAUCUUCACGCCUCUACUGUCACUCUUACCGCGGCUGCACCAAGUCGUGCGCUCAUAGCUAACGCCCAGGCGUGUUGCAGUGUGUCCAGGAGGAAUGGAGGUGGGCCUGAGGUUCCUGGCUGUUGUCGUCCUGUGCACCGCGGCCCUGGGACAGAACAAGGACCCGUCAUUCGACCCCUACCUGUCCUCAGCCCCACAGGUGGGGGCAACGCAGGGAGACAGUGUCAGACUCAGGUGCCACAUACGCAACAGGAACAGGGAAUACCUCAUCUGGCAGAAGGGGAAACUCUCCAUCUUUGUCAACGACCAGGAGGUCAUUCGGAACGACAGAUACUCUCUAUUCACACAACAGCUGGGAGACACAAGUUAUCAGUACGAUCUCGUCAUCGCAAAUGUGUCCAUUGAGGACGAUGAGGACACUUACAGAUGCAUUGUCUAUACAAAAACACCACGGACGUUAAGUAUCGAGUUACUAGUUGUUGUGCCUACAACGAUAAUGUACGCAUCGCCGAGUCAGGCCGUAGAGAAAGGUGAGGAUGUGGAGUUGUUUUGUAAUGCGACGGGACGCCCUGAACCCGAAAUCAGGUGGGUUAGAACUAGAGACGGCGCUACGUUCGAAGAGAACCCAUUGGUUAUCAGAAGUGUGACUGAAAACGAUGCCGGUGGUUACCAGUGCUAUGCCAGUCAGCAAGUUGCCAACGCGAGACAUUCAGACAUAAGGACAGCAGAAGUGACAGUGUAUUACAGACCAGUCAUCAACCUUCUACUGCUGGCCAUGCCAUCAGAGCUCCUGGAGGGAAGCCUGGCAACAAUGACCUGCAUCGCGACUGCAAACCCCAGACCCAUGUUCUACUGGUACAGGGAUGGAACAGAACUCAGAGAUGGAGAAAACCGACUGAUCAUUUCCAUCACCCCCGGCAACACGGAGAGCAUCCUGACGAUACAGAACGUGAGAGCGCGGGACUACGGGAACUACACCUGCCGCGUGGUCAACAACAGAGGAGCGACGAAGGCUUCCGUGUACAUCGGUACUCCACCAACACUUGUACCAACCAAUGGUUCGAGGCAUUGGCAGAACUAUAGCACUCCCAUAGAAACAUUCACCACCGGACACAAGGAGGAAUGCCCCCCUAAAUAUGACGGCUUCUGUCUACAUGGUGGCAUCUGUUUCUAUGUGGACCAACUGGGGGUGGGGUGCACGUGUCCCAUCAUGUAUGAAGGAGAGAGAUGUCAGUAUGGCAGCACAGCGGCUCAGGCGGCAGCGAAGCAGCGGAACAUCGCGUACGGGAUCGUGGCCGGCGUCCUGGCGCUGGUUCUCAUCGUCCUACUGGUCUGGUUCUGUCGCAAGAGGAAAUGGCAGGGAACAUACGUGGUCGAAAAUACCAAAGUUAACGACUCUACCCACCCUCUGCCCUGCUCACCUGCAUUCUGGGCUGGCUUUGCUAUAGAGGGGAGGGAACAUUAUGUGGGCAAGAACUGGAAACUGAAUGGGCAUGUUGAGGAUGUAGAAAUGGAGGAUGCCAUCUCAGAAGAACCAGAGGAUCUGCACGGCAGCCGAGAUGACGUCUUCAUCGAUGUCAACCACAUCAAAAACCUUCCCGACAUGCAAGACACAACUGUUUGACACAUCUGAAGUCUAGUUACCUACUUGGACAUAAACUUCUGUGAAGUACAGAGAUACCGGUAGUCAUUUUCCACUCGCAGAAAAAUAAACAAGCAGCAUCUUGCCAAAACUAACCUCACUGUCAUCUAAGAACAAACUUUAUACAAACCUGAAGUUCUACAUUUUUUAUGACUUCCUACUUUGGUUUUUGAUAGCAAAUUGUACAUUGUCAUAAUUUUCAAUGAUGAUUGAGUGUAUGUUGGUAUUUAUGGCAAGAACUAUCAAUGUUGCAAAAGGGAACUUUUUUAUUUAGUCAUUGUCUCAUAAAAUUGAAACACAGAUUUAUACAAUCCAUCUGUUUGUGCGUUGACAUGUGAAAGUUGUUUGGAGUAAACCAUACUAAUACAGGCAACAUCAUGCAAGUCUGGUCAGAUAUGGAAACAUUGUAACAAAUACAGUGUUGUAGACAAAAAUGAAAGUAAACGUAGCAGUAAUUGUAAAAUUUGUAGAUUGCAGAGAAUGUAGAAAGUCACAGAUGGAAGUCAAGACGGGUAUGAUAUUGUACAGUAUGCUGUGUGAGAAAUGGAGAAACAUAGAUUUCAUCAUCUUGUGCAUGUUGCAACAUGUAGUAAGAAGGUAGGUGAAAACUUCAUGUCACUCACUCUACAGGUACAUUGUAGUUCUUCCACCAGAGUUGUAAAUUCCUGAAUUCUUCGUAGUAAAAUUAGAUUUAUUUUUUAUCCUGUACUUAAUAGCAAAGGUGUUGGAGAGGAGUACUUAAAAAUAUUGUGUCUUAGAUAUACACUGUAUGUGAGCCUUAAACUAUGCACGACUAUUGUAGGUCUGUUUAUAAGUGCAAUUUUACAUUGUAUGUACCAAAUAGUGUGAUAAUCAAGCACCUUGCUUGUGGCCAGUACUUGGUUUUAUUUGACUGCACAAUACUUAUAUGGAGUGGGUUGAAACUGGGUUGCAGAAAUAGUUACUUUUGCCCUGUCUAUGCACAUUUUGUAAUGCAACGGGCACGAGUGUAUGUGUAAAGUAGUAAGGCCUAGAUAAAAAAAUGCUCUUUCCGGUUACUUGACCAAACUGAGCAAAAACCAACCUUCUGUACCCCUAGCCUUUUUUAGGGUCAACUGCUGGAAAGGCCAUAAAAUUUUCCAUCUGACAUCUGAAUUUAAAGCAAUCUGAAACUUUAUGUCACACAUUUUCGGAAGCCAACUUUUAUUCAGUGAAUCAGGUGAAACAUUUGUCCCUUCCCCACAAGCAAAUGGAAGGACAAGGCCUACAUGUAAUACAUUUCAGUUGUACAUUGUUGGGCUGUAUCUGUUGAACCAAGAUCUAAAAAAAAAUUAUUUCAGGGCAGUAACCGGAAAUACAACAAUAUUUCC